UGUUUAACACUUUUUUGGUUACUACAUGAAUCCAUAUGUGUUUCAUAGUUUUGAUGUCUUCACUAUUUUACAAUGUAGAACAUAGUAAAAAUAAAGAAAAACCCUUGAAUGAGUGGGUGCAUCCAAACUUCUGACUGGUACUGUAUAGUUUACACCAAAGGGUAAAAUCUAUAUAUUUUCAGCAAAAUAGUGCGUCUCAGCGUCUGUGGUCUAUGAUUUAUGCUUAAUGAUGUGGACUGCAAAUUACACCAUAAUGGGGGUAGGCCUGGGCUCACAGAAAUAAGAAUGAAUAGAAUGGGCUUGGAACUCUAACCCUGGAAAUUGACUGGUAAACUCAUGGGUACACUGCCAACGGCUGCCUGGUAUUGUGACGCAAUAAUUUCAAUUGUAGUUUUGAAUUUCUCUUCAUUCUUAUUUCUAAGCCAGUUUAAUAUUCAGUAGCAUUCAAGAUUUGGCAACCUCAGAUGAAGUACGAUGUUUUACCGGCUCAUUUUGGAGACCAACGUAGACUAGACCUGUAGCAUGGACAGCGACGAGGCCCGAAAAGGGUUACAGGAAGCCCCAGAGAGGACAUUCCCUGUAUUCUUCAGAGGAAAACUGGGGGAGAAGCUCCAUCAGGAGACCCCCGGGUUUGACCUGUUGGACCCCAACAUGAGAGUCAUGGAUGUUAGUUAUAACUGCCUCCACGACAAACACCUGAAGAGUUUUUUCCGCCAUCCGGAAAGGAAGAAGCGGCUGGUGAAGCAAGGCCUCAUCACCUCAAAUGAGAAGGUGCUGUGUACGUGUAAAGAGUACAAUCGCUACAGUAGCUACAUCAAGUCAGUUCAGUUGCUGUGGGAGAAGCAGUGCUGUGCCCAGCAGAAAAAUCUUUUGAAGCAGUUCCUAGUCUUGCAGCAGCAAGGGGAGGUUCCUUCCCACAUCUCACUGACGGAUAUUAGAGAAUGGCUCAUUGCCAAGGGUAGAAACUACUUCAAGAACACGUUUCAGAGUGAAAUGGAAGAGGGGAAGAACCUUCACUUGGCCGAACUGGCUUGGGAUGUGAAACGACGCCUCAGGCUUGAGGAGCUGGAAAGAGAAGUGUGCAGGGAGCUGCGCCUGGCGCGCCGAAUCCGCUGGUCGGUGAUUGGACAGCCUGGUAGCCAGAUGGGAGAUUGGAGACCCCUGGGCAUGGAGACACACACACCUCUGGUAAUGGACUCUCCCUUCAGACACUCCACCUCCUCGAUGGACACUCUUUCCAGUCAGAUCUCGACUAAGAACCUCGAGGUUGCUAGGCUACAUACUGCCAGACCACGUUAUGCCAGACCACCAACUGAAAGACCUAGCAGUGACUCUGAUCACUCUGGAACCUUGUCGACUGUGACGACCUGCUCACCACAUUCAGCUAGCCCGUCAGUGAUUACUGUUAGGGACUUGCUGCUCAUGAUUGGGCACAUAACUAGCUCAGUAUUGGAGGAGGUAAAUAGCAUCCUGAUCCCUGCCUUGGUUGACCUUAUAAGGCUGAGAGCUUCAGAAAGUGAUGCAGAGAGUAUGCUCUCCAUCAGCAAAGACACCAACGAAGAUUCAACCCAGGGCUCUGUCAGCUGUACCUCCCUACUCUCCAAAGUCAAUGUGAUCUGUCUCACUCAGAGUCCUGACAGUAGGUCCUCCCCAAUCUCCAUUGAAGAACCAGUCAAAACUUGUUGUAGCAGCAGUUCUCUGUCCAGUGAGGAACGAGCACACUCUUCCUCCAGUCAGAUCUCUACUAAGAACCUCCUGGCUACUUGGCCACGUUCUACCAGGCCCCAAUCUGCCAAACCGCCACCUGCUAAACCAUCACCUGCUAAACCACCAUCUGAUAAACCGUCACCUGCUAAACCGUCACCUGCUAAACCGUCACCUGCUAAACCACCAUCUGCUAAACCACCAUCUGCUAAACCACCAUCUGCUAAACCACCACCUACUAAACCACCACCUGCUAAACUACGAUCUGCUAAACCACAAUCUGGCAAACCACCACCUGCUAAACUACGAUCUGCUAAACCACAAUCUGCUAAACCACCACCUGCUAAACCACAAUCUGCUAAACCACCACCUGCUAAACUACAAUCUGCUAAACCACUACUUGCUAAAUUACAAUCUGCUAAACCACCUACUGCCACUGACUACUCUGGAACCUUAUCUGCUGUGGUAGGUCGUGGGCAUGUCAUCCCUGUCAAACUGACCUUGGCCCCUUUCUCCUCCUUACUCUCCAGCGAAGAGACCAACACCAACCUCCCCUCCAGCAGCCGCCCCUCCUCAUGCUCUAUCAAGCUUUUAGACAGAAGGAGUGACAUUCCUUGCUCCCUGGCUGUGAGCUCUAUUUCAACUGUUCCUGGACCUGACUCUAGCAGGAGCCCUAAGCGGGAGAAUCAAUAUGCUACUGAGGUCUCGUCGAUCUGCCUCAGCCAAGAUAGAAAUGGCCAAGGAGGGAGUGUGACACCUCCAGCCCCUUUGGAUGUUUCCCUCCCCUCCAUUAUUGAGCGGGCUGGCGGACUUGUAUGUUCCGUCAUCUCCCAGUCUUUAGCAAUUGUGGAGGCGCGGUCAAGUGUGAAUGGUGAGAAGGGCUCUCCAUCUCCCACCACAGUCUCCCAUUCUCCUACAAGGGUGUUUGUCAGCCACUUAAGGAGUAGCCCAUUAGGUGAGGACCUUGUAGAUUCAACACUUGCGGAUGUUAUCUCUGUCCUGAAAAUGGAGGGAAUUUUUUCCUCCUCUCCGACUUUGGACGAGGAGCUGCUUGAUCUCUCCUCCAGUUGUUCUUCAUCAUCCAGCGAAACACUGCAAUGUGUGUCUGUUGGCCCUCUUGGCAGUGGGUCGGAGACGUCCUUCAAACUUCUUGGGGGUCGUACUCUGAGUAUUGCCACCCCAACGGCCCAUGUUAUCACAGAGGACUUAGAAGUCUACAGUGAUGAGAUCAUUGACGAAAUCCUUAUUAUAAUGAGGACCAAAAAAGAUGAUGACAGUGGAAGUGACGUCUCUGGUGCAUCAACACCAUGCAGCACACCAGCACCACAGAGUCGGUCCUCUUCUGCACUGAGGGGAGUGCUUCCCCAUGACAGGAGGAUACUCAGCACAACACUGCUUGGAAUCCAGAACACACUAGACAGUGAGAACCUCUCAGGAGAGUGCUCCAUCUCACCACAGGACAAUGCCAGAGUCCUGGAGAUGAUAAAGUUGCUGCAGAGGCGCCUUGAUGGGACACCCUCAGAGUCCUCCAUCCAUAUCACAGAUGUGGCUUCACCCUUGGGCUUUCCUCUCCCUGUAUCUCUCCAUGCUGUUCAGUCGUGUGUAUUUGCCACUGACAAAGACCUGAAGGCAGAAAGAGUGAAGGGAGUCUUUGAAAGCCUGAGAUCCCAGUUUAUGAGCUACUCCAUCAAGCCUGUGAGUAACAUCAUUACCAGGGCAACAACAAAGAUGGCUGCCUCCAAGCAGGUUAGUUUAGAGACACUCCAGGCAGCAUCAGCAAAAUCAUCUGCUGUGGCUCAGAACCUUAUUAGUUCGGUUUUAUUUCAAGUUGCCAAGGUGUCCUGCUCUGAUGACUUAGAGGGUCUGGGUGAUCAUCUCAGAUGCCCCUCAACUUUGACCAGAGUUCUGACACCUUUGACCUCAGAGAAGGCUACACUGACACCUGCUGUUCUGAAGAUCAGAAGGGAGAUGUGUAAGGAAGUGGCCACUGAACUCCAGAGUUUCUUGAUCAAGGAAUCCCUUACUGGCACCCAGACACCAUCCAAUGGACAUGCUUGCACUUCUGGUUCUGCCCCAAGGGAAGCUGUGCGGGACAUCCUGAGGAAAACCAAAGAGGAGGCUUCCAACAAAAGCCUGAAUAAUAUUUUCUCUGUUAAUUUGGAUGAGCGGCUCACAGACUCCAUUGCAGAUGCCUUAUAUCCAAAGCUGCAUGACACAUUGGAGUCCAAGAGAGAGCUGCAGGCUUCUUAUUACAGCUCCCAGAUCAGCUGCAGCCUCAGCCCCUUUGAAGUUGAGAGCAGCCUAGAGCUCCAGGAGUUCACUGACCCACUAUCUGAGUCAGUAUUGUGUCUCCUGGAUAGGACAUUUGGAGAUAAAGCUCAGAACUUAAAGACAGGCGGGGGUGUUUUACAAUAUGUCACAGACCCAACCUAUAAGAAGCUUUUGAUUGGACCCCACACCAACGAUGUCAAUGUGGUUGUGCACACGAUUGCAGUGGAGGAGUUGCCUGUUGAGGGUUGUAUUGCGCAAAGUGAGGCCAUUCAUGGCCUUCACAAGAAGCAAGAGUUACCUUCCAGCACCAGUGACAGAGGGAAUGAGACCCCGAGCCCUACUAAUUGCCUGCUGGAGGGUGUAGUGGGCAAACUGAUACGGAAGAUGCUAUUUCAGGGCCUUGACAUCCCUGAGUUACCCAUGAACGACAGCCGCUCUGAGAGCUUUAAGCCACAGUAUGAACUGAUUGCGAAGCUUUGUCCUCUGAUGGUAAGAACAAUCAUGGCUACAACCAUAGCCAAUCAACAACCUACUAUUCAAGAAGCAGUGAUGUCUUCCGACAACAUCCAUGUGAAAGAGCUGUGUGAGGCAGGUAUCAAACCUCUCAAAGAGAACCAUGUACCCGAUGACUCUGAGACAAACAUCAUGGUCAGAAGGGCUUUGAGUGAAAUUGAAUCCUGUAUGAUUGAGACCUCCGCCAACGACUCUCCCAGUCUACAUUCCACACCAGAGGUGGUUGUAGACCUGAUCACCAAGCUGCUUCAUGGGUAUGAACUUCCCUCAGAGGACUUUGCAUCACCUGUGUCAUCCCCAACCACCACUCUCUCUGAUGUGGCAAUGGACAUGGUGGUUUCUGUCCUUCGGGACCUGUCCGAUUCCCCAGACGUUACCUCAGCAUUGGAAAUGACCAAGGAUCUCAAGACGCCGUACUCCCGCCCCUCAAGUGCAAGGAUUGUAAGUGCCCUCUGCAGAGAGCUGGAGGAGCACGUGGGCUCUCCUGAUGCUCUGAGGCGAGCUUUGAGGCGCGGCAGCGGGGAGAUGACAACAGCCAUUGCGAGUGCAGUCACCAGGGAAGUCAACCGUCUGGGUUCAAUCGUACCCAAAGUCUCUGUCCGGCCGCUCUCCUCAGACAUCUGCCUAAGGACAGACCAGGACAAGGUCACGGUUAAGAGCCGAUGUGGCUCGGCUGAGGUGAAGACAUCCCAACCGGUGUAUAUUAUUGUUCACGUAGAGGCGGUGAUGGAUAUCAUUGUCCGGCUGCGCGCUCUGAUUGUUCCUCGGACCCAGGAUAAACUGGCCAGCUGGACCCUAGUUGAGGAUGUGACCAACAAGCUGUCCAGUGCUCUGUGGGUGAGGGUGACUAACAGGUGGAGGGAAGCAAAUGUCUGCCUGAAGGCAACAGACAUCUUUCAGUUGGUGCUGUCGGUGCAUAGAAAGUUGAUGCAACGCUAUGGCACAGAGGAAGCCCUACAGAAGAUACUGUGCCACAAGGCACCCAAGCUGCACAAGGACAUUGUCUGUCUUGUCACGAACGGAAUUAUGGAUGCACCAUCCAAACUUCAAGGCACCAAAAAUCUGGAAUCUACACUCAACUUGAAAGAAUUGACAGCCUUGUUUAAUGAAAUGACAACCCGUCAAUCUUUGAAUAAGAAAGCUGAGCAGAGCAGCAUCAAGACUGAGAUUGAACAGCCGGAGAGGUCCACUGUGGAUCAAGUGACAUCCGGUUCCAGCAGCUUCAUUAGGGAGCUUAUAUUAGAAGAAGUCCUGAUGAAGCUUGUCAAGAAGAUAUGCCGUUUUCCAAAAAGGACCAACAAACAUCAGCGCAUCCAGAUCAGUGAUCUGGUGACUGAGCUGAUCCGAUUGUUCGAUGAUGAGGUGGCCAAAUAUCUGAUUGAGGAAAUGGGAAGCCAGCAAAAAAGUUUUAAUUCUAAGAUGACAUCGAAGCUGGCAGAUGCCAUCUACACUGACCUUGGGAAGGUCAAGCGUUUGAAACGCUCCUUGAAAAUUGACGAUUUAUUUGAGGAUCAGGAGAUGCUUUCCUUUGUCUCUGACAUUGUUUCCCACAAGCUACUGGCCAUCUUGAAACCCUCAGUGCCCAACCCAUAUGACCACAAGACCUCAGACCUUGAAGACUCAUGCAGUGAUGAUGUGGAGGAUGCGGAAUCUGAGGGGGUGCAUUAUGCCACCGGCAGAAAGUCCAAGAUGAGCAUUGUCCUUAAAGACACUACAGACCAGCCAGAGAUGUACAUUGCUGUGGAUUCUCCACCUAUGAUUAAAUUAUCCAAGAUGAGGAAAGGCAUCCGGGGCUUCUUCUGGGGAGUCCAGAAGGCCUGGAAACGCUUGGUCACCUGCAAGUCCUCUGGGUCCUCUGAUGGAUAGCCUGGAUGACGUGCAGCCCAUGUCAGUUGCUUUUGCCAGGCUACAUCUGAGGAGAACACCACAACUGGCCUCAAUACAACAUUUUUAUUUUUGUUGUUCAUUUCUGUUUUCAUUUUGAGUCCCCUAAUGCUGCUCUAUUUGAACCAGGCUGUCAGUGGACUAGCUUACCAUUAGUUUAUACUCCUUAAGGAAGAUCCACUAUAGGCUACUCAACACCAAAAUUCCAUCUGGGUCUUUUGAUCCCUUAUUAGCUCCCACUCCUGUAACUAGGAAUGUGAGCUUCUAAAUGUCAUUCAGACAUCUACAGCUUCUCCUGUGAUCAGGAAGAUAAGCUAAGAAGCCCAACCAAUUUAGAUGUGAUGCCAUCUCCCUAUUGUAAUCAUUGAUCCACGUCCAUUGCAGCCUCUAAAUUUGAUGUAGAUAUUUAGCCUAAAUUAAAGAAUUACAAGGAGGGUAGGCCGACAGCAGCUUCUACUCUUACGAUUAGGAAAGUGGUGCUAAACAUUUUGGGAUUUGAGGAACUAUGUAUUUUAUUUUUCAAUCACUUACAUACUUUUUAAUGGAUGUUUUAAUAAACCAUUUGUAUUGCAGAUUUUGAUUAA